GACAGGGCCUCUAGGAAAACCGCACUUCGUCACGUUUGCCCGUGUGUCAUGGCUCCGGUGUUUACACGCGGAACGUCAGAUCCAGCCAGAUCGAUACCGUGUUUACACGCAAGAGUACGUCCGACCCGACGGGCCGCCGACGGUGCGUGAAAGCGUCCGCACACGUGUUUGACUCGCCGCGGCGCGGCGGCUGAUAAACGGGGUGGAGAAAGGGCAGACGGAAAGAGAGGUUGAGGCGAGGGCCGGCGAGGCGAUGGACCGUUCGUAGCUCCCAUCCCGGCGUGGUUCGGCGGCGGAGAGGAUACACAGCCUCUCUCUCCCGGGGAGAGGGAGAGAGAGAGAGAUUGCCGCGCGGUGAAGCCUACGAAGUCUAUGGGAUACAACGUCGCCGACUGGCUGAGAUGAUACGCGCGCGGGAGGAGAAACUGAGCUUCGACGAGGACCAGCAGCACGCGAUCAUGAACAACAUGGUAGACGCGAGGGCCUGUUACAAGCCCGUCAGCAAAUCGUGGUUCCGCGGCGUCCGGAGCAGCAAGUUUCGGCACGUUUACGGCGUGCCGGCCAAGAGGGAGAAAUGCUACGACAACAUCAAGAUCACGAAGAACGCCCACGACUCGCAGUUCUGCGCCGUGAACCCCAAGUUCCUGGCCGUCGUGACGGAGGUUGCGGGCGGCGGAGCGUUCCUGGUGUUAUCAUUGGAUCGUACCGGUCGUCUCGACUUCAACGCCAGCCGAGUAACUGGACACACCGGCCCCGUUUUGGACAUCAAAUGGAAUCCGUUCAACGACAACAUCAUCGCGUCCUGCUCCGACGAUUGCACCAUAAAACUGUGGCACGUACCCGACGGCGGAUUGUCGAGGAACCUGACCGAGUGGCUGGUGGAGUUGCAAGGGCACAAACGACGCGUCGCCUAUAUCGAGUGGCAUCCGGUGGCGGAGAACGUGCUCUUCAGCGCCGGCUUCGAUCAUCUCGUCAUUGUGUGGGACGUGAACAGGUGCGAGGCGGUGAGCGUCAUCGACAGGCAUCCCGAUGUCAUUUACAGCAUGUCCCUGAACCGCGACGGCAGCUUACUGGCGACCACUUGCAAGGAUAAGAAGCUGCGCGUCUUCGAACCGAGAUCCGGUAUCGUCGUUUCGGAAGGGGUAUGUCACGCCGGCACGAAAGCGAGCAAGGUGGUAUUUCUCGGCAGCUCCGGGCGUCUUCUGACCACGGGAUUUAGCAGACAUUCGGAUCGACAAUACGCGAUAUGGAGUCAGCACGAUCUGACUGUCCCACUGACGUGCGAGACGAUAGAUUCGUCGAGCGGAGUGGUUUUUCCAUUUUACGAUAAUGAUACCAAUAUGGUGUUCUUAGCCGGGAAGGGCGACGGUAACAUUCGGUACUACGAAGUGGUCAACGAGGCACCCUGGAUGCAUUAUCUCAGCCAGUUUAUAUCUGGAAAUCCUCAGAGAGGGUUGGGGGUGAUGCCGAAAAGGGGCAUCAGCACCUCUUUGUGCGAAGUGUUCAGAUUUUACAAGUUACACGCGACUCGUGGAAUGUGCGAGCCAAUCUCGAUGAUAGUGCCACGGAAGAGCGAUCAAUUCCAAGAGGAUUUGUAUCCCGAUACAAUCGGAACGUGUCCCGCGUUGUCGGCUAGAGACUGGACUAGUGGCAUGAAUAGCCCGCCAAUCUUGAUUUCUCUUAAAACAGGUGGGAGUAUCUCGACGCAUAAGCCACGAAUAUACAAGCCACCGCAACUGCCUCCGACCACUGAUCUGAAUAACAAAAAGAAAUUUGCGUUUCUGUCUACGGAGACGAUACCGGACUACAGACCGGUGGAAUUGCACGACAAGCCUCGUACUUUGACAGUAUUUCUUUGCGUAUCUUGUAGAUUAUUGUUUCUAUUUGCAUUACAAAUUUAUCUCUGUAGUGCAAAAAACUGAAUUUUGUUGCUGAUUUAUUAUAAUAUGCUCCAAAAAGCUGCUGUGUCGUAUAUGUGCGAGUGGACUAUCGUGUUAAUGUAUUGAGCAUUUUGCUGUCGCAUAUAUUUUUCACUGCCAUCCACUGCCGUGAUGUCGAUGGCAAUAAGAUCUUCAAAUCUACGAAUGCAGUGGUAAUACCUAAUCAAUGUCGCGAUUAAUUAUUAGUCUAAAAAUUAACGUAAAAAAAUUUUUUUAUAUACAAUAAUUGCACAGUGUAAUGUACGUGCGACUAAAAAGAUCAUUGAACAAUGUACAAUCGAUGUGGCGGUACAUGUACGUAUAUUUUUAAGAAGGGCGACGUUUAUCGCGAUUCAAUGUCGGUUUAAUUCACCUGAGCUAACUUGAAGGGGAUACGAUAGCAAGUGUACUAGAACACUUAUUUUUAGCAGUAGCCUUGUAGUUUCUGAGAAUCAUACAGAAUUAUAUUUCCGCUUAAUAACAGUAAUCAAGUCGUGUAAUGAUUUAUACAUAUAUGUAUGUAUACGUUUAUAUGCGUAUUUUUCAUACAAUUGUGCAAUUGUACCGUGGUAUAAAUAUAGUACCUGGAUGCUACAUCUCACAUAUCGCCUGAGAGUACGAAAUUUCAUUGUCCGCAAAGUAUAAUAAGGAUAAAAAUACUGAUACAGCAACAUGUGACGUAGCAUUCCCUAGUCUUUCUUCACUAGUUUACUUCAUAAUCGUCAUUAGCUUUAAUUACCCGUAACUAAAGUAUUUUCAUUGAAACCCUCUUUUUUUUUUAAACGUACAAACUUCUUCAUGAGCGUAAAGUUACAUAUGCUGUAUUAGAAAAAUGCAUUUUAUAAGCAGUAAAAUACAUAUUGCAAGAUAGUUCGUAGCUAUAUUUUCGAUAUUCAUAUUGGAAGCAAUUUCUAUGAUAUUUGUAACAAGAUCAUUCGUUUUCGUCGUGAUAGACGUCGUGAUGUACGAGUUUAUAUUCGCUACCAAUUAUAAAGUUAUUCCUGAUGCAGUAUUGUGACGCAAUAUACCUGUAUCGCGUGAUUUAUAUGUAAUAUUUAUACAUGUCAAUUAAAUAUAUUAUCGAGUUUCAAUUCAACAA